GGAAGUUUUCCUUUUAAAAAAAAGGGUAAAAUAAUCUGAGUUGGCAGAUGGCAGUUCUGUCUGCUACGAAUAGGUACCUUUGAAUUGUUUUUAUUGGUAACAAUGUGACAACAGUGAACAAAAUGCCCACACUGGGAAAAAAAGGAGGAAAAAUUUUGCUCAUCUGUGUUGUAAAGAUGGGAAACCAUGAUAUACAAUUUCAGUACAUGGCUGAGAUUCCUGUAACAGGGUUACAAAAUGAACGUGUUUUUCAGUAUCUCUCUUCUCUUUUCAUUUCAAGUGGCUUAUGCAAUGCUCGGACACCAAGCUGCAGAAACAGUGUGCCACCCUCAGUGUUUGAAAAAAUAUGGAUAUGUGAUACUAUCUUUCCGCCUGCCAGUUGCACGCGGUUUCAUUGAUGAUGGGAACUGCAAAUGUGUUCCAUCAAAUCGCCUCUUGGAGAGUCCUUUACUUGCAAGAUAUCCACGGUUUGACGUAGAACAACUAAAGUCAACUUUUGGAUGCAGUCCAUGGGUAACAUGGGGUUAUUUGAAGUACUGUGGAUUUAUGUUCGUAUCAAAAGAGGAAUUGCUUAAAGAGGAAUGUAAAAGCUUAGGUCGUGUUGUAAACUAAAUUAACAAUAAAUUAAAGUUUGAAAAUUUUGCAA